AUGUAUUACUUCCUGCUUCACCACCUCGGUCUAGCCGUCUGCUAUCUUCCGAGUGUCUCCAGUCUAGAAUGGCCAAAAGAUCGAGCCUUGCCGGAUUUUCCUGACGUUGCAAAAUCCAUCGACGCAGCAGACAUCACAUACUUGAGCGGAGAAGAACAAGGUCUACUCGUAACAUUGCAAGGCAUUGUCAAUCGGAAAGAACCUCGUAUCUACCUAUACUGGGACAAGACAGGUGACGACCCCGAAGGCGUCAAUUACAGUCAUCAGGCAUGGCUACAAGGAAUCGCGAACCAAAUAGAUGUCCAUGAUGUCUCGGAGUCGCCUCUCCAGCUUCUCAAUAAAUACGAGGCCGACAUCAAAGGAGCUGUCCUGUACGAUGAAGACCUUCCAGACAUGAUCAAUUUAGCGACCACGUUAGCAGGAAUGCACGAUUUGGUGAUCACUAACGCAGAGCUGGCGAAAGCUCACAAUCUAACGAUCACUCACGACCUCCGUGGCAUGUUCAAGAAUAAGCUCGAUGUGUAUGAGUAUGGCUUGACCCAACUCUAUUCGACAACCACCAAGCGCAUGAUCACGGCAAUCCGCCCACAGGAGACCAUUCAGAACACGAAUGCCUCCUGGACGAACAUCACCAAAGACGCCAAUCACACUCUAGAUGCUUCCAAUAAUGCUACAUACCCUGUUGAUCUGACUUCUCUUCUGUCAAAAGCCAGGCUGGACGAUAUGAUCUAUCUUCGCAUCAAGGAUGCAUUCGAAGAAGAUGGAAAUGGUCCUACGGUUUCGCACGUGCUUGCGACCAUGGAUGACAUGACGAUUGCCGAUUUCGCACCAGGAACGUUGGAAGAAGAGGUGUUUCUAGUGGAUUGGGGUGGCUCAUCACUUGGCGACUAUCCCUGGGGCUCACGGGCAGCAGGUGGCAAAGCAUACAUAGUGUAUGGAUUCAAGGUUCCAAAUGGCUCAGGCUCAUUCGUCGUCAAUCUGACCAUGCAUGGACAAUACGAUGUGGCUAUUACGACAGACUUACCUGUUACGAGAAGGCUCAACGCAGUAUUUCGGGACUACAUCGCAGCAACAAGUGCUCCGUGCAUAUGGCUCGAUCCUAACAACAGAGACGAAGUCCCUCUCCUUCACAAGAUUUUAGAUUCCUUGGACUCGAACUCAGCAUAUAUGGGCUGGUUUCCUAACGGAGACGAAAUGAGUGGCGUCACGCAAACAGCUCAGAAAAGUGUCUACGUUGUAGCUGCUGACAACUUCUUCAAUGGCAGUCUUAUGAGCGGUCUCAAAAAACUACUCUGGAGACCACGAUUGACAAAAGAGGCAGAACCACCCUACAAAUCCUCUGCUGUCAAGCCCAUCGAAGACAAAAUCUACAUCUCUCUCACCUGGACCGAAGGUGACAACAUCCAAUACUCGCAACACCGCAUGCGUCUCCUAUGGGACGACACAGCCCGAGGCAAAGUUCCAAUGUCAUGGACAAUAAAUCCUCUCCUCAUCGACAUAGCCCCCAACAUUGUAGGUUACUUUCAAGCCACAGCAACCGAGAAUGACUCUUUCGUCCUAGGACCUAGCGGAGCAGGCUACACCUUCCCAGUAAAUUGGCCCAAGCAAGAUCUCCGCCUCUUUCUCGACCAGACCGCUCGGUAUUCCAAACGAACAGGAGUCGGCAGUAAUUCAAUCUGGAUCUACAAUCGUAUCAACAGCACCCUCGUCCCUCUAUCCGAAGAUAUCAUUUCCACGUACCAUGAUGCUCUGGGUCCAGAACUUCUCGGUAUCUCGGCCGAUACUGCGCGCGGAGCGAAGAAUCCCUACGGCAUUAAUAUUACAAGGACCGGUGUAGCUGUCGCGGGACUCGCUUCGAUCAGUGGUGUGGAGCAAGGCCUGGCGCGACUAGGAAAUAUCUCAAAGGACUAUUUCGGUGGCAGGACACCUUUAUUCGUGGAUUGUGCACUUUAUGCUUGGGACACAACGCCGGGAAAUAUCAGCACGCUCGUCCAGAAUUUGGGCAAGGAGUUUGAAGUCAACUCAUAA